AUUUUUCACAGACAAAAGAUCCUCCUUCAGACAAGAGUUGCUUAAACCAUAAACCUCUCAAAGCCUUGAGGAGACAGAACAGGGCUCCACUUCUCUUUCCUACCAUCACGUUUUCUCGAGAUUUGAAUAGUUUUUCGAAGAUAUUUGGUCAUUGGAUGAAACUAGGGACAAAAGAAAAGGAUGAAGAUUCAGUGUAACGUGUGCGAGGCGGCGGAAGCGGCGGUGCUAUGUUGCGCCGACGAAGCUGCGUUGUGUUUGGCUUGCGAUGAGAAAGUUCACGCCGCUAAUAAACUCGCCGGAAAACACCAGAGAGUCCCUCUCUCUGUCUCUUCCUCUUCCAUACCCAAAUGCGACAUCUGUCAGGAAGCUUCUGGAUUCUUCUUUUGUCUGCAAGACAGAGCUUUGCUAUGUAGGAAAUGUGAUGUAGCAAUCCACACUGUGAACCCUCAUGUUUCAGCUCACCAGCGGUUUCUUCUCACUGGAAUCAGAGUUGGUCUUGAGUCUACUACGGACACUAGUCCUUCUACAAAACCUUCACCACCAUCCAAUGAUGAUAAAACCAGUGAGACAAAACAAGUUAACUUGCCAAUAUCUGAGCCUCAGAAGAUGGACUUUGGUCAUCAUCAUCAGGUUGUUUUACCGGGAACUAAUGUCAGUGAUCACAUUUCGACAAAGCUCCCUUUUGCAAGUAGUGGAUCAGCUGCUGGGAGCAUUCCUCAGUGGCAAAUAGAGGAGAUUUUCAGAUUAACUGAUUUUGAUCAGAGCUAUGAAUACAUGGAGAUCAAUGGAUCAUCUAAGGCGGAUACUAGUAAGCGAGGAGAUUCAGACAGCUCUUCAGUGAUACGGUCUGGAGAAGAAGAUGGAGAAGAUAACAGUAACUGCUUGGGAGGAGGUGAGACAUCAUGGGCUGUUCCACAGAUUCCUUCUCCACCAACAGCUUCUGGUCUAAACUGGCCUAAACAUUUUAACCACCACUCAGCAGUGUUUGUUCCGGACAUAUCUUCCUCAACUCCUUACACAGGUUCUUCCCCUAGCCAGAGGGUUGGGAAACGACGUCGACGGUUCUAAGCCAUUCUCAACAACCGUGGCCGGUUUGUCAAGAGAAUGUGAAACCAUUACAAUGAUCUGGAAACUGGUGUUAUUGUAGUUUGCAUGUUACUCAAUGUUGAAUGUUUCUCUGUUAUAUUAAUUUAAAAACAUGAUUUUUGAA